AUGACGGAUGUAAACAAAACUCAGAUAAUCGACUAUGAUGGACAUAUCAUAGAUAAUUUAAAAGAAUGGAUGAAUAACAAUAAAUUAUCAAAAUUGGGAUUUAAUUACAAUGUAAUAGCGAUAUUAGGAAGUCAAAGUAGUGGGAAAAGUACACUAUUAAAUAAUUUAUUUAAAACAUCAUUUGAUGUAAUGAAUACAAAAUUGGGACAUAGUCAAACUACUCAAGGGUUAUGGUUAAGUUAUGAUAAGUUUGAAGAUGAAUUAACAGAUGCAUCAAAUGAAGAAACUGAUGUCGAACCCCAAAAUAAAAGUAAUAAUAAACAUGUGAUAAAUCCAACCCUAAUUUUAGAUGUAGAAGGUAAUGAUUCUAAAGAAAGAGGAGAGAAUAGAUUAACUUUUGAACAUCGAUCUGCUUUAUUUUCACUUGCACUAGCAGAUUGUGUGAUUGUUAAUUUAUGGUAUCAUUCUUUAGGUAAUUUUACUGCAUCUAAUUAUGGAUUACUAAAAACAGUUAUGGAAGUACAUCUAGAAUUAUUUCACCAAAAUGUAAAUUGUCCUAAAACUAUUUUAUUGUUUACUGUAAGGGAUUGGUUCGAAGAAUUUGCUCCUUUAGAUAUAAUUAGAGAAAAAAUCGUUGAUGAAUAUGUAAAUAAAAUAUGGUGUGAAUUAAAGAAAUCAGAAAAUUCCAAAAAUGCAAAUAUUGAUGAUUAUUUUAUUAUUGAGGUUGUUGGAUUAUCCCAUGGAAUUAUUAAAAAAGAUGAAUUUUUAAAAGAUAUAAAACGUUUAAGGCAUAAAUGGAUAUACGAAUUAAGACCAAUAAAUUAUUCCAGAAAUAUACCAGCUGAUGGUUUUGCCCAAUAUUGUAACAAUAUAUGGAAUACAAUAAUAAAACAAUCACAAUUAGAUAUACCAUCACAACAAGAAAUGCUUGCAACUUUUAGAUGUCAGGAAAUAAAAAAUAAUGUAUUAAAUCAUAUAAGUAACACGAUUAAAGAAAAGAUGGUAGAUUCUAAAAAUAAAUAUAUCGAAAAUUUUAAAACCUGGGCAGAAAAAGAUAUUAUUGAAAAAAGUUUAAAUGAAUAUUUAACAGAUGCAGCUAGGUAUCAAAAAAUUAUAUGCUUGAAAACGUUAGAAGAAUUGUUAGAAAAUUUAUUUAUACAAUUACAAAUUAUUGUUGAUAAUAACCUAAAUUUUACUCAAAGAAUUUUGUCUUCUAAAUUUUCAAAAGAAUUAAAUAGUAUGUAUAGUAUAUGCACAACCGAUAAAAGUUAUUUCUUAUUUAUUAAUGAUCAAAAUGUAGAUGUAACAGAACAAGAUGAAAAUUUAUCAAAUGUGGAAAAUAUAGGAGAAAAUAGUAAAAAAGGAAAUCAAAUUAAGUGCAUAAAUUUAUGGUCCAACUUUUUAUAUAAUGCAGAUAUGUUAGAAUAUACUACAAUAGCUAAUUUUUUUGAUCAAUACAAAAAAUGUAGUGUAGAAAUUAUUGAACCAAGUAUAUCUAAUAAUGAAGACAAAGAUAGUCAAGAAAAAAGAAAUCAUGAUUUUAAUUAUAAAAAUUCACUAACAAUAUUAGCUACAUCUAUUUAUAAAGAUACAAAUAGAAUUAGAAGUGUACAAUGUAAUAUUUUGAUAGAAAGAAUUCGAUCUACCAUUAAAGAAGAACUAAAAAAUGUUGAUAAUAUGUUAAUAACAGUUAAAUGCUCAAAAGAUUGUUGGGAUUAUAUAUUAAAAAUAGUAAAUAAAUUAGAGGACUAUAUUUAUACAAAUUUAUCAAAAUGUUUUAUAAAUCUAAAAACAGGAAUAAAUACAACAUAUCUAAAUAAUGGAGAUAAUAUAUACGCAAGGUUGAAUACCAAUUGUGAUUAUGGUUUGGGGUAUUUUCAAAAUGAACAAAUAACUGAUUUUUCAGAUGACGCAGGCAAAAAUGAUGAUGAAAUGGAUACCGAAAUAGACCAAAAUAAAAAUGAUAUGGAAAGUUUAUUUAAUAGUAAAAAAUUUGAAAUAAUAACAAAACAAAAUAAAAAAGAAAAAUAUGUUAGUACGAUAAAUAAUGAUUUAAAUAAAGAAAUGAAUAAUAAAAAACUUAUUUCAGAAUUAAAAAAGUUUUAUACCGAAAUAAUUAUAGAUGCACUAAAAAUUAAAUUAGAUGAAAUAUCAAAUAAUAUUGCUAACAUAAUUAUUAACAGAUUUGAAUCAGUUUUUAAUUAUGAUGAAAUUGACCAACCAAGACAAUGGAGAAAUAUCUCUGCAAUUGAAUUAAAAAAUAUUUUUCGAGUGUCAAAAGAUUAUGCAUUUUUAAUAAUUGAGAUUCUUCAAAAAAAUAUAAAAAUUGAUAAAAUAGAUAAUUAUUUAUCUACUAAUUUUAUAAACACUGAUAUUAUUGAAAAGGGAAAAAUUAAAGCUAAAAAAAGAAUACAAGAAAUUUGUAGAGAUGCUCAAUAUAUACAAGAAACGGGGGGGCAUAUGAGUUUAAAAAAUGUCCCAUUUGCCUUUUGGGUUAUUUUAUUAAUUUUAGGAUGGAAUGAAAUAUUAAUGUUUACUCGUUUAUUUUUUAGAUUAAAUAUUAUUCUUCCAAUGCUUAUUGGUUUUAUAAUUAUCGUUAUUUCAUGCCUUUAUACUGGAAAUGCUCAGAUUCUUUCAUAUAUAAAUAAAAUAAUUUUCAUUGUAAUUAAAAAUUUAUAUAAUUUUUAUAAGCACCUACAAACAAUUGGGCAUCAAACAACCAAACCUGAGAAGGUUGAAUAA